UGAUGGUGGCCGAAGGACGCACUAACGUUGUAUGACAACGGACAAGAGCAAGCAGGCAAAUACUUGUCUUACAUGCAAAUAAGCUGUAGCACAGCAGCAAUACUAGAGAAAAAGUCCCACAUAAACUGUGUUUGGUCUGCUAUACAGACGAGGGCAGCAGAAGAUUGAAAUUACCCCGACAACUGUCGAGCACGAGGAGCACGAAGAGAAAGAAUCGGAGGCACGCGCACUCGUGAACGCGCGCACACACACACACUAAAUCCGCUAGAUUACCAGCGUUAAACCCUUUCCACACAAAUGGAAAGAUGACUGUUUUUGCCGUUUUUGCGAAUGUUAGUGAAGGAACCUAUUGUACCUGUUUUUAUCCUCAAGGAAACUAAUGAAUUAUUUUGUGGAACACAACUAUUUUGAAGGACGCCUUACUCAUCUUUUUUUUCUUUUGGUUGAGAAAGAGCCCUACGGGGUUGUCGGGCCAACGGGUCGUCCGGAGUUGGAACAACGGCUAGCUUCCCGUAUUAAUACAUUGCACUUAAAUGAAGUGUUAUUUUGGCGGAUGGUAGAUGCGAGGACACGUCUAGGUUAACCUUUAGUUAUUAUUUUGGGGGUUAACAAUGACCCAUGAAGUGCGAAAGAACUGGUCUGUAAACUGGCCACAACAGUGUCAAAGGCUAAGCUAGGUUUGGAUCUUAACUAACUACUAUUAUGAAAGCUAAACGCUCUUUUGACCACGCGAAUAUAUCAGUACAAAGACUUAAGCUAAAGUAAACUAUUCAAGGAACCCGACAGUACUUUGGGGUUUUAAAGUUUAAUUCAUUUGUCACCUUUAUAAUUGAAUGACUCAGGAUUCAAUAUGUCAUUUUUUAAUUUCCGUAAAAUAUUUAAAUUGGGAGCUGAGAAGAAGAAGAAACAGUACGAACACGUCCGCAGAGAUGAAAAUCCAGAGGAAAUAUGGGAGAUAAUCGGUGAAUUGGGGGACGGAGCAUUUGGAAAAGUGUUCAAGGCUCAAAACAAACAGACGGGCAUCCUAGCUGCAGCCAAAGUUAUUGACACAAAGACAGAGGAGGAGCUGGAGGACUACAUGGUGGAGAUUGACAUCCUGGCCUCCUGUGACCACCAAAACAUUGUCAAACUUCUUGACGCCUUCUAUUACGACAGCAAACUCUGGAUCCUCAUUGAGUUCUGUGCAGGAGGGGCUGUGGAUGCAGUCAUGCUAGAACUGGAGAGACCCUUGACAGAGCCUCAGAUCAGGGUGGUGUGUAAGCAAACUCUGCAGGCCCUCAUCUACCUCCACGACAACCACAUCAUCCACAGAGACCUGAAGGCUGGCAACAUCCUUCUCACGCUGGACGGUGAUGUCAAGCUGGCUGACUUUGGUGUGUCUGCCAAAAAUACCAAAACGCUGCAGAGGAGAGACUCUUUCAUUGGAACACCUUACUGGAUGGCUCCCGAGGUGGUGAUGUGCGAGACGUCUAAGGACCGUCCAUACGACUACAAGGCUGAUAUCUGGUCCCUCGGGGUCACCUUGAUUGAGCUGGCGCAGAUUGAGCCACCCAAUCACGAGAUGAACCCCAUGAGAGUCCUGCUGAAAAUAGCAAAGUCGGAUCCUCCUACCCUGAUGCAGCCGUCUCGCUGGUCCCCAGAAUUCAGUGAUUUCUUAAAGCGGUGUCUGGACAAGCAUGUGGACAGCAGAUGGAGUGCGGCACAACUGCUACAGCAUUCAUUUGUGAGCAAUGUAUUGGACAGCAAGCCACUGAGGGAGCUUAUAGCUGAGGCGAAGGCUGAGGUCACAGAGGAGAUUGAAGAGCACAAAGAGGAAGAAGAGGAGGAAGAGACUGAAGCACAUCUGGGCCACAAACGCGCUCCGUCUGAUGUCAGCGUUGCCAGCUCAGAGGAUGAGAAGAUUCCCCUCUCUCCCUCCAUCUUGGAAUCAGUCCCUGAGAAAAUGGAGCCAAUUCUGCCCAUGCCCACACCCACUGAGCUUCCUUUGGUCAACCAUGUGGUGAACACUAGUUUUGUGGAGGAACCCAGUGCCCCUGCACCUGGGCAGCAUGUGGAGGAGCCUUCAGACACGCCAGCCGAGGAAGGAGAGGUAGAACAGAAACCAGUGGAAGAAAAGCUUCCAGAAGCAAGAGUAGAUGUUGCCUCUCCAGAACCAGAGCCUGAACCAGAGGCGCCUGCUAAGGAAAUGCAGCAGCUGGAGAUUGCCGUUGAGGAUGAAAAGGAAGUGGACACGGCAGAGGUUCCAGCCAAUACAGAGGCUAGCACAGAGAGUUCAGAGGUCACUGAGGCUCCCCAGGAAGAAAAGAUUGCCAUCGUAGAACAAUCAAAUGCACCAGAAGAGGAGGAGGAGGAGGACCAAUACAAACACCUAAAGGUGACAUUGACACUACCAGAGCAAGAUCAAGUUGUUGCAAGAGAGGACAAUGGAGAGAAACCCACAAAGAUGAAUACACAAGAUGAGAAGGCAGUUCCAGACAAAGCUAAAGAUGAAAAAGAGAGAGAUUCCGAUUCGGGGAGUGGUUCAGCUGCAGAUAAUAGCAGUGUGGACCUCAAUCUGUCUAUCUCAAGCUUUCUGUCCAAAACAAAAGAGCGUGGAUCUGUUUCUAUACAGGACACCAGGCGUCAGAAGAAGACGCUGAAAAAGACUCGCAAAUUCAUUGUGGAUGGAGUGGAAGUUAGCGUGACUACAUCAAAGAUCAUCACAGACAAUGAUACCAAGAAUGAGGAGAUGAGAUUCCUGAGGCGACAGGAGCUGAGGGAGCUGCGUCUCCUGCAGAAGGAGGAGCAGAGGGCUCAACAGCAGCUCAGCAACAAGCUGCAACAGCAAAAAGAACAGAUUUACCGACGCUUUGAACAGGAGACCACAGGUAAGAAGCGUCAGUACGACCAGGAGGUGGAGAACCUGGAGCGGCAGCAGAAGCAGACUAUCGAGAGGCUGGAGCAGGAGCACACCAACCGGCUGCGAGACGAGGCCAAACGCAUCAAAGCCGAGCAGGAUAAAGAACUCUCCAAGUAUCAGAACAUGCUGAAAAACCGCAAGAAAGAGGAACAAGAGUUUCUUCAGAAGCAGCAACAGGAUCUGGACAGCGCUCUGAAGAAGAUUAUCCAGCAACACAAACAUGAGCUUGCCACAAUUGAGAGAGACUGCCUCAACCACAAGCAGCAGCUUCUCCGAGCACGCGAGGCUGCCAUGUGGGAGCUGGAAGAGCGCCAUCUGCAGGAGAAACACCAGCUGUUCAAACAGCAGCUCAAAGACCAGUAUUUCAUGCAGAGACAUCAGCUGCUGAAGAGGCACGAGAAGGAGAUGGAGCAGAUGCAGCGCUACAACCAGCGUCUUAUUGAGGAGCUGAAGAACAAGCAGACACAGGAGAAAACCAGACUGCCAAAGAUUCAGCGUAGUGAGGCCAAGACCCGCAUGGCCAUGUUCAAAAAGAGCCUACGCAUCACCGGAGCUUCCAUCACCCCUGAGCAGGAGAGGGAGAAGGUCAAACAGUUUGGAGCCCAGGAAGAGAAAAGACAGAAGAAUGAGAGGCUCCAUCAGCAUCAGAAACAUGAAAACCAGAUGAGAGACCUGCAGCUGCAGUGCGACGCCAACAUCCGAGAGCUUCAGCAGCUGCAGAACGAGAAGUGCCACCUGCUCAUCGAACACGAGACGCAGAAGCUGAAGGAAUUAGACGAGGAGCACAGCCUGGAGCUGAAGGAGUGGAGGGAGAAACUGCGACCCAGGAAGAAGGCCUUGGAGGAAGAGUUUGCCAGGAAGCUGCAGGAACAGGAAGUGUUCUUCAAGAUGAGCGGAGAGUCGGAGUGCCUUAACCCCUCCACCCAGAGCCGCAUCUCCAAGUUCUACCCAAUCCCCAGCGUCCACUCCACCAGUUUCUAGGAGAAACCUACUUACACAUGCAGAGACAUACACACCUGACAGUAAAUACUGAGCCUGUGCUGCCUUACUCUCAUCCUCUGAAAACUGUUGGAGGGUGUUAGAAUCGUUUCUCUUUCUGGACUUUGUUCCUCAGUCUGCAGCUCUGCUCUGCUAGACCUUAUUCUGCUCAGUUUGUGCUUUUUUUUACACUAUUAUAGUCAUUUCAGAUAGAAUUAUGAAGGAGAUUUUCAGAUUGUGUGUUAUGGUCAGCACCUCCAAACCUCUGAAGUGAAGAAGCUCUCCGUACAACUUUCUCCAGUGCCUGUAGAAUUUGAUUAUUUGGGCUUUUAAUUCUAAGCAAUUUAUGAUAAUUAUUUGCUGCUUAAUUGUUUGCUCAUUUAGACAUUUGCACUAAUGAAAGGAUAGCAUUUUAUACCGCUUAAACAUAAUUUUGAAGUAAUUUGGUUAAAUAUUAAAUAGCAACCUUAUAGGAUCGUGAACUAGAAUGUAUUUCUGAUGAAGGAGACAGAGCACAUUUUUAAUAUCACACUUGUUGAAUGGAAUGAUGAUACAGUAUAUUUUUAUUACUCCACAUUUCUCUGUGCUAGAAGUUCGGAGAUGAGAUUAGAGGUUAAAAUAACCAGUCUAAUGCACAAUUUCAAAGCAAACUUCAGGAAUUAUUUCCAGCAAAUAUGAUUCCUUCUUUCCAGGCUUUGUCUUCAGAAUGCCUUCCUGUCUCGAGCAUACGUCUCGAAAUGACUAUUUAGCAACAAGCAGAGGUGGAAAUGUGUUUGUUGCAGUAGAGGAGAUGUGGUGUUUACACAGAGACAAAAUGAUCACUGUUAACUGGACACUAAGGAAUUCAAUGUGGUGGCAAAAACAAAGACUGUUGAACAAGCAUUUAUGUACCUGUUUGUUGGUCUGUUUUUUUCGUUUGUUUGUUUUUUAGGUAACACCACUUUAUUGUAAAACAACAGUUACAUAUCCAUAGGAGCAUUAUUCAGGGAUGAAUACAGAAUGCAAUGUUCCAAUGAUGUCCAUUACAUUCUGGAAAUGAUGUAACAUUUUAAAGAGUUUCUGAGGCCGAAGUGUCACAAAAUUCACUCAGCAAAUUCACACCAACCAGCUUCCAGUUCGGUGAGUUGAAACUAAAAUUCAUCUCAUCAGCACUUACAGAUGAUGGUGAUGAUGAUGAUGGUGGUGGUGAUGAUGAUUAAGCCUGUUUUGUAUUUGCUUUGGUUUUCUUCUUACGCCUCCUCAUAAGGUAUUUUGCUACCAGGUGUAUCAUGGCUAGUCUUGCAUGGCUUUUCUUUUUAUUGAAAUGAUACUGUUUUUUAUUGUCAUGCUAGCUAAUAGCCUUAAUACUUAAGCUGUAAAAGCUGUAAGGAUAUACUGUAUACCUGAUAUGACCGCCUGAUCACAGGUUUAUGCCAGCUCGCCAAUUUGCUAAUGUUCUGUUCUGACUUCAUGGAGCAUAAUUACAAUUUUAGAAUUACUGUGACUGUAUUCAAAGAAACAAAAAUGGAACCGUUGUAACAGCAGUUUUUAUUAUUUAGGCUGAUGUGUUGUUGCAGUUUUAAAAACAAACAAGGGCCUGACUGGUUUAGGCCAUCUUGACGUCUGAUUGGUUCAUUUUAUCAUUUCAUUUUCUUUAUGAUUGGCUAUUGAGAGUUACAGUUAGUUAAAGGUAUUUAAUAACUCAGCUGUUAUGUACCAAAAAAAAAUGCUUUGGAGUGCUGUGCACCUUUUACAAAACUUUUCUCAGUAGCUGUUUAUAUGGAGAUGUAGCAGCCUCACUGCAGCAUGUGUGCUACAGCUCACUCACUCAUUGGAGGUUUGCAGCAUACAAAAAUAGAAUUCCAAAACAGUCCUGUCAGUUCUUGUCCUAUUGGUGAGUUAGAUUCUACAAAAAAAAAAAGUGAUUCAAUUUUGAAUGUUGAAUGAAAAUACAUCGUCAAAAUCGUUAUGCAUUUAAAAAAAAUAAAUGUAUAGUUUUUAGACUGCCUGUGUAAUGUAGAUUUUCAUUUUGCUGUAAAUAAACAUUUCCUCUGUACUAAA